AUGGAUGAAGUGAAACCGCUUAUCCACCAGCGUGGCCAGGUAAGAGCCAAGGUUACGGCAAUCCUGAAACAACUCGAGAAAGCAGAAAACGAUUUGUCUCAGAUUCUCAGUGUGAUUCCCUCUUCGAAGCUUGACGACCAGGAUGAAAAAGUUGUAGAAUUUGAUUUAAUCCAUACUGAUGCCUUGAUGCGUGUUGAGUGCCUGAUUGACAAAGUGUCGAAGCCUUGUAUGCCUUCUUCCAGCGCAGUUGCACCAAUUCCUUCCACAAGUUUUGCUCAGCCUGCCCAAGUGAUUGUUCAGCAACAACCUUUAAAGGCACCCAUUCCAACUUUUAAUGGUGAAUAUGAGAAUUGGCCUCGAUUUAAGGCAUUGUUUUCGGACAUCAUUGGGCGUUGUACCGAUUCGGAUGCAAUUAAGUUGCAUCAUUUAGAUAAAGCGUUGAUUGGUGCAGCUGCCGGAAUAAUUGAUUCCAGGAUACUCGUAGAAAACAAUUAUAAUCACGCAUGGGAAAUACUGGUCGAGCGAUUCGAAAAUAAGCGUGUGAUAGUUGACACCCAUCUCUCUGGAUUGUUAACUAUGAAAAAGAUGGUGAAAGAAUCUCACACUGAAUUGCGUGCAUUGAUUGAAACAUGUUCCCGGCACAUCGAAGGGUUGAAAUUUCUUGAUCAACCAGUUGAUGGCACUGCAGGGUUGUUCAUCAACAAGCUGCUAACCUCUUGCCUUGAUCCCGUAACCCGCAAGCAAUGGGAGAGAACGCUUAAGCACGAUCAAUGUCGCGUUCUCGAGCGUUGCGAAACAGACAAUCCUCCCGCUAGUAAUGUAAAGUCUCUUCCAAAUACUCCAAAAACUGCCAGAUUAAAGGUUCAUACCACUUCUACCCUAUCGACGAUUCGCUCCUGUCAUUUUUGUAGCAAAGACCAUCUAAAUUAUCAAUGUCCCGAUUUCCGUAACAUGUCACUUUCUGAACGCUUGUUGAAAGUCAAAGAAAGUCGUGUUUGUUACAAUUGCCUUCGCCGCGGGCAUCGUUCAGGUGACUGUUCGUCGAAGGGUAGUUGUGCUAAAUGUAGAAAACGACACCAUACCUUACUGCACGAUGAAUCGAAACAACCGAAUGUUAGCUCGAAGCAAUCUCAGAACAAUCCUAUAUCGCAAUCGGAACCAGUAAAAGGUUCAAUGAAUGUUAUUUCUCAGCCUGUUAAAAAUGUAAAUGUUGACGAGUUUGUCCAAACUCAAACCGUUUCCUCAUCCUGUUCUGUAAACCUUGGUAAAACAACACUGCCGAAUGUGUUGUUGCUCACUGCUGUUGUAAAUUUAAUGGAUCAGCAUGGGCAAUCGAUUGCUUGUCGAGCUCUUCUGGAUUGCGGUGCUCAGACAAAUCUUCUCUCCAGUGCGAUGUAUCAGAAACUGGGACUAAAGGGAGAAGCAGCUAACUUUGACAUUGUUGGAGUUGGUAAUGGCCGAUCAAAUGCAAGUUGCCUUGUACAGGUUCUACAAGACAUUUCUAUUCGCGCCGGGGAUGAUGUUCGCGACAGCGAAAAAUACGCUAAAAUCCGCCAACCAUAUGAAACACGUGCUUUCGAAGAUUCGAGAAGCAUCUCCAAACUGCCUGCAUCUGCUAGCAACGUACAUCGAACAUUCUAG